AUUAUGUACCAAAUAAGGUUCCUUACAGUUGCACCUCAACAGGAGGGAAGUGUUACAGAAGAACCAAUUUCAGAAAUUCAAACCAGACGGACCUGGCAGUUUGACUGGGCAUUAAAUAAACUGGAUAACUCUGUCAGAAAAACUGGCCGCAUCCCUAAAACUCUUCUACUAAAAGUCUUCCAUGAAAUAUGCAGAACAGGGUGUCCAGGGAGUAAUCAGACCUUGCUUUUGUUGCGAAGUUGUGGUGCUCUUUUACCAGAGGUAUUGUCACCUGAAAGAACGGAACUAGCCCAUAUGAUAUGGGAGAAGAUGAAAGAACUGGGUGCUGUGUAUGAUACAAGCCAUUAUAAUGCUUUACUUAAAGUCUACCUUCAGAAUGAGCACAAAUUUUCUCCGACGGAAUUCUUGGCCAGAAUGGAGGAAGCUAAUGUGCAGCCCAAUCGAGUUACAUACCAAAGGCUGAUUGCUGCUUAUUGCAAUGAGGGUGACAUUGAAGGAGCGAGUAAGAUUCUUGGAUUUAUGAAGAACAAAGAUCUUCCAAUCACUGAGGCAGUAUUCAGUAGCCUUGUGAAAGGUCAUGCAAGAUCAGGAGAUAUGAAGAGUGCAGAAAAUAUCCUUUCAGUGAUGAGGAUGGCCGGUGUUGAACCAGGUCCAGACACCUAUUUAUCACUGCUGAAUAUGUAUGCUGAAAAGGGUGAUGCUGGUAGCAUUAAAAAGACUCUAGAAGAGGUUGAGAAGACUGAAGGGUACCUUAUGGAUAGGAUUUUGAUGCAGGUGAUUUUUAGCCUUGCCAAGGCUGGAUAUCCUCAGUACAUCGAAGAUAUUAAAGAACGCAUAAGAUUUGAAAGGGAAUUAAUUCCAGAUGCAAUGAACCUGUGUUUGACCCUGAUAACUCAUGGCUUUGAAGAUAUAGGUUUCCAUAUUUUGAAGUCUCUUAAUCAUUUAUCACGUGAUAAUAUGGACCAGGGUAACUUCUUCUUGCAACACUGUGUAAAUAGAGAUAUGCCUGUGAACAAGCUGAAGCAAUUUUGUAGUGAGUUAAAAGAAGCAAAAAUGCACUCGGCACCGUUACCAUUUAUUUUGCGUUGCGCUUUGGAGGCCAACAAAUCAGCCUUGGCCAUUGAUGUGAUGAAGAUGAUGAAAGAGGAAGGCUUGCCACUCAGACCUCACUAUUCCUGGCCGCUGCUAGUUGGGUUCCAGAAAGAGAAGAAUCUUAAAGGUAUUUUUGAGGUCCUCAAAGUGAUGCACGAGUUGGGGGUGGAACUUGAUACAGAAACAUACACAGACUAUGUUUUUAAAAAUUUUGCUGAUAGUGAAACUGCCCGUGCCCAGCUGAAGAAAAAUGACUGCCUGUUUGAAACUGUUGGACUCUAUGUAGCAGAAAUAAGACAUGAAGCAGCACAUGGGAGACUGAACAAUGUUCUUUCUCUAUUGUCUUCAGCAAGCACACCUCCUAUUGAUAUUCGUCAGUUUAGAAACAGCCUUAUUUUGGGUUUUAAAAGCUCAAAUGAUGUACAUCUUUGGAGCAAGAUAACAGAACUGUUGUACAAAGAUGAACGUUAUUGCCUGACGCCUCCAGGACCAACUGAAGCUGUUGGCUAUUUUCUUUAUCACUUGAUUGACAGCAUGAGUGACUCAGAGGUACAGGCCAAGGAGGAGCGUUUGAGACAAUACUUCCAUCAGCUGAAGAAGAUGAAUAUAGUUAUCCCUACAACCCACUACAGCGGCAUUUGCAGACUGCUGGACUCCUCUCAAGUUCCUGAAUUAAUUAAGGAUGCAAGGUUACUGUCUCUUAAAAAAACCCUGUCUACAGACAACAUUCCAGAAAGUGCUAAAUCUGACGUGUCUGCUUUGGAGAAGAAACUAGAAAAGCAAAAAGCUGAAAACCAGCCUAUUACAGAUGUCUUGAAACAACUCAUACAUGCUCUUUGUGAAGAAGAGAAUAUGCAAAAAGCCCUUGAAGUGAAAGCCAAAUACGAACCGGACAUGGUUGUCGGUGGCUAUGCAGCCUUAAUAAAUUUGUGCUGUCGACAUGAUAAUGUAGAAGAGGCAAUGAACCUGAAAGAAAAAGUCUUCCCUAAGAAUUCACCUGUUGCUCUUGACACUGGAAAGUAUGUAGCACUGGUAGAGGUCUUAGGAAAGCAUGGUAGACUAGAAGAUGCUAUUAACAUUCUAACGGAGAUGAAAGAGAAGGAUGUUCCUAUCUCAGACAGAACAGUUGCAUCUUUUUUCCGCAUUCUUAAUGCCGCUGCCAUGCGAGGUGAAGUUGAAACAGUGAAUCGAUUACAUGAGACCAUUGUGAACCUGGGGUUGGCAGAAACUGCUGUCCUUCAUUCCACUCUGAUUACAGUUCACCUUGAAAAGGAUGACAUGCCUGCAGCUCUGGAAGCUUUAAUCAACUGUUAUAAGAAGUAUGGUAAAAUUCUUCAGCUUCAUAAGAUCUACUGUAGACUGAUAGAAAAAGGAGACGCUGAUCUACUGCAAAAGGUUUCAGAUUUUAUAAGCAGAGAAUAUGGUGACAUGAUGGCUCUUUAUGAUCUCUUCUUUGCCUUCUUGCAAACAGGAAAAUACAAAGAGGCCAGGAAGGUCAUUGAGACUCCUGGCUUGAGAGCACACUCUGGAAGGUUGCAGUGGUUUGCAAAAAAGUGCAUAUCAAGUAAUCAGAUGGAGACUUUGGAACACUUGGUAGAAUUAACUCAAAAUCUAUUUGAAUGUGAUAGAGAUGAGAUGUACUUCUACCUGCUUCAACUGUGUG